CAAGUUGUCUGUCAAGCAAAAGGCUUUGGCGGACAGCCCCGGCACCGCACGAAGGCGCGGGGCAGCGUCGAACGCCAGAAGCGAUCGUCAUGUCCUCGGACGCCAGCCAGAGCGGCCAGCCCAAGCGAACCGUAGGCUUGAGCCCACAGAGAGCAACACACACCACCACAUGCUGAGUGCCAGCGAAACAGACCGCACGACGGUCGAAGCUCGUCCUCGAGCAGAGGCGGAGCAGCUCCUCGAGGACAACUUACAGCUCAAGCGCCACAAGCUCGAGGAGGCAUCGACCUGCGACGGCGUCGUAAAGCUCAUCAAAAGAUACGACCGUGACCGCCACGCGACACUCGACGAGCUUAACGCCGGCUUGGCGGGCAUCAUCUCGCGGCGAACAAAGCUGAGACGCGAACGCCGCAUCCGGGAUGAGUGGGAGGCUGAAGUCGUGGCCUUGCAGGCGCAGGUCCAUGCGGAUGGGCCCAGGUACAAGAGGCUCCGGAACAUCAAGCAAAAGAUUGCGGCCGAUCUGGAGCGAGACAAGCAGCAAGUCAAGCAGCGGCAGGCGUCGGUCGACGAGACGACGGCCGCGCGGCCGCCGCACAGCGUCAGUGUCACCCCCUUGGAACUAGAAUUUUGGGUCAAUGGAAAAGUAGAUGCCAACGACACAUCACUUGCCGAUUUAAAAGCCCUCGAGCUGGGGGACCACCCCAAAGAAGCCAUCACGCAUUUACGCGGGCUGAAAAAGGGGCGCCGCGAGCUCCAAACAAAGUUUAAACGAGAAGCAAACUAUUGGAGUCGCGCAUAUCGAGAAAUUGCCAGACGGGGCCACAAGGUUCUCUUUUUCCUUUGCGAAAGACUAAACAUCCACGUGAUCGACCCGCCCUUGGAAGAUGCGGCAGCAGAGGACACCAAAGUUCGCCCCCUUGACUUCGUCACGACGGUUCCUUCCCACGACGCAAAGCACGGAGACGUCGUGUUCGAGAGCGAAUGCAAGGCUGCCUUCCGUUAUUUCCCUAGGGUGGGUGCGACCUGGAAAGCCACCGAGCCGCCGGUGGCCAAGGCGCUACGGGAAAGCGAAAUAAACGAGGACGUGCACGCGACACGCCCCGGACUCGCCAAAAUACUGCGCAUGUGUACUUACUUAUCAGCCUUCAAUCUGAACAAGGUGAAAAACGACGAGAAAUGCGUCAUGCGCUACGUGGACGAGAAGGAGGUCAGUUUGUGCCCCAGAAACGACGAGAACGUCUGCGUUUGCGACCGCGACGGGAAUGCCGUGCUGCGGCUCUUACGGUGGAAAGGCGAGGCUGAAGAAGUCAAUCAGGUGGCGACGCAGCUUGCAAAGUUCGAAGACGCCGACGAUCUGGGAAUUGAUAAGUAUGUCGGUGACCGGGCAAGGAGAGCGGCGUCCUACUCUACGUCGACAAGGCCUUCAUGUGACAGUCUCGUCACGUGCCCUUCGUUCGACGGCCGUCGUCGUGAGAGCUCGAAGCCUUUGUUCUACCGCAGGCCUCGGCGUACGACACGUAUUACAAGGCGUCGGUAACCCCUUAUACUUACCAAGAGGGUUCCAGGAAGAGUAUGGACGCAUAUGUUCAUAGAUCUUCUAGAAAUAAACCAUGGCGGGCGGAUCGCGGCGCCCUGCUGCGCCGCAUGCUCGCGGAGGGCCUCGAGAUCGUCUUCUCGUGCGUCAAGGCGCCGUGGUUCGACGCGUCCGAGCCCACAAAACCAAGAAACUGAGCGGACCGCUCUCCCGAGAGAAACAGAGCCGAGCAAAUCUUCACAAGCGAGUACGACGACUAGUUACUCGGUUUUGGGGACGCUAGCCUAGUCCCGGGGGGAUGGACGCCUAGACCCUGGCCUCUACAGGUCCGGAUCCACAAGCGAGUAAAACCCGUAAAACCC